CUCAUGGCGGAGCAGGAAGGGAUAUUUAUCCGUGAGCUGUUACGUGCGGAUGGGACAGUACUAAAUAUUCGCCAGCUGAGCUUGGGAGAUGUGGGCUGUGUUGUGUGGGACGCCGCCAUCGUUUUGGCUAAAUACCUGGAGGGCCCUGAGUUCACAAGUCACGAGGGUCUUUGUCUGGCCGGGAGAACUAUACUCGAACUUGGGGCAGGGACCGGUAUUGUGGGCAUCAUGGCAGCCACCGUAGGGGCAGAUGUUACAGUGACUGAUCUUGAAGACUUACAAGAUUUGAUGAAAAUAAACAUUGAAAGGAACUCUCAUCUCAUUACUGGUUCCUGUCAAGUAAAGGUACUGAAAUGGGGUGAUAGACUUGCUGAUUUCAUGACUCCACCAGAUUAUAUCAUAAUGGCUGAUUGCCUGUACUAUGAGGAGUCCUUAGAACCGCUGUUGAAAACUUUGAAGGAUCUUGCAGGAAGUGACACUUGCAUAUUAUGUUGCUAUGAGCAAAGAACUAUGGGAAAGAAUCCUGAGAUUGAAAGAAAGUUUUUUGAGUUAUUAAAGAAUGAUUUUGAAUACAAAGAAGUUCCUUUGGAAGAACACGAUGAAGAGUAUAGAAGUGAAGACAUUCAUAUAUUAAAAAUAUACAAGAAAAAAUAAUGAGAAUCCUUUAACACUCAAGCGCUGCAAUAAAUGGAGCCAUCGUCUGCUACCUUGGGUCUUUGCUUACAAAGUCUGCAAACUGAUCUUGCAUCUGACAGUUGCAUGAAAGAUGAAUGGGACAAAAAAACUGUCAACUUGUAGCUUGUGAAGUAUUUUUUAUCUAUUGCUUCUAUAAUACAUUUUGUUUGAAAUUUGUAGAAGUUAUUCAUUGUAAGACGGACAUAUGACUGAAUUAUGUUGACAUAGUUAUGUCUCCCAAUUGUUUGUCUUUUGACGACAUUUUAUUUUAUCUGUCCAAGCCCAUUAAAUCUCCAUCUUUUUGAAGGCCAGUCAACUAAACCCUCACAGCCAUUAUUGUAACUAGGUUUUAAUAAGUCUUUAAGUCAUGUUAAUAUAUGGGUCAGUUUCCUGAAAGGUUAGCAUUUGCGAGUUUCUGGAAACAACUUUCCAAUUUGCUUCUAUUAUACUUUAUUUAUAAAUCACAAACAUAUUCCGCGUUGCUGUACAUAGGUACAAUCUGUUUAAAAAAAAACAAUGAUCCAAAAUUGUAAAAGAUGAGACAAAAUGUGACAAACAAAUACAGCAGGAAUUGAGGGCCCUUUUCCCGUAGGAAUUUACAAUCUAGAUUAUAUAACAUUUUGGUAUCUUUGUUUAAAGAGUAAUCCUAGGUGAGCUCAGGAGCGUGCAUGAGUCUUAAGCCAUCUGGCACCAGUGUUUGCAAUAUUUAUUGCAAAGUUACAAACACUGCUGCCAUAUACUGCUAUAGACACGUGCAUACUCUUAAAGGGACAGUAUACUGUAAAAUAGUUUUUCCCUUAAUGUGUUUACAAUUGCUUUUUAUACCAACUGCAGAGUAAAAAAUGUAUGAAAAUUAGCUUUUUAAGGUUUAUUUGUGUAUAUUAAAGCUCUGAUUUUGUGUUUUGAAGUCACAACCUAAUAAAAUAGGUUGCGCUUGUAGGUAUAAUCAGAUCUCAUUACUGUAUCACAUUGUGCACAUAUACCUGCUUCUUUAUCUUAUAUCUGUACAUAAAACAAUCACCAAUACUUUGAGAGAACAAUGGAAAAUCAACAUUGUAUUACCUUAUCUCUGCUUUAUCACACCGGGAGUGUAAUUUCUUCUGCUGGCUGUGUUUACAAAUCUUAUCUAUAGCUGGUACGCGCGGCCACAAACUUUCAGAAUAGGUGGGGAUACCACAUGCUAAAUUAACAAUUUCAAAUGCCAAUAUAAGGGUAAAGGAGCUACUUGUAAACAAUUUAAUACACUCCAGCAGGUAAAGUGGAUCAUUGGGAACAAAUUAAAGGGGAGACAUUUUUUGAGUAAACUGUCCCUUUAAGCUCCAAUCAGCCUACCAAAGUUGAAUACCAAGAGAACAAAAACUAAAUUUGAUAAUAGAAGUAAAUUAGAAAGUUGUUUAAAAUUACAUGCUUUUUCUGAAUCAUGAAAGUUUAAUUUUGACUACUGUCCCUUUAAAUCUGCCCUGUAUGUAUUGUAAUGUGAUUCAUCUUACAGCUGCUGUUCAGCAAGAUGUCAGGCUAUACACAAUUAUUUAUUAAAACUGUUAGUCACCAUCCAAUGAUUCUUUGCACAUUAUACUGGUGUGUUCCUGUUGCAUGAGAAAUCUAAUUUCUAAUAAAUAAGAUUUUUUUAAUAAAA